AUAAAUUUAUAUUCAUAGGUUGAACAUGAGCACUCUAGAAGCAAGGGGUCCAUCUCUUAGAAGGUAUCGACAAAGGAAGGCAGUGCUGGAUCUAAAUGUGCCUCCCAGUGAAAUCAGGGAACAUGAGGGUACUUCCCAGCAGGCUGGAUCUGAGGAACUGAUUGAUCGGCCUGCGCCACCUGCAACUAUUGAUGUUGAAACUAUCGAUGAUGAUGUAAUUGAAUCUUCUGCUAUAGCAUUCGCGGAGGCUAAAACCAAUUCAAGGAGAAGCCGUGGGAGGACUGUCGUCGAUGUAGAUUCAGGGUGGCCUGCUCGUCAACGAAUAAUAACCAGAACAGAUGCAGGGGAUUUAUCAAGCCCAACUGUUAUCGAUUGUGAUCAUUAUAUCAAUUUGGAGAGUUCACCGCGGUCUAUGGUGGAGGAAAUUACUAGGCCACAACCUUCUCCCAAGGAGCCAACCUUCAACUGUCCGAUUUGCAUGUGUUCAUUAAACGAGGAGAUGUCAACAAGAUGUGGACACAUUUUCUGCAAGGCAUGCAUCAAAGCUGCUAUAGCAGCACGGCCAAAAUACCCAACGUGAAGGAAAAAAGUGACU